AUGAGAUUUUUCUUAACCUUUAUUUCAUUAUUACUUGGACUUUUUGCCUCGGUUUUUGGAAAGAAAACAAUUAGUCCAAGCACAGUAACUCCUUCAGUAGUUGUCGAACUCACAAUUUCUAUUGGCGACGAAAAGAAUAAAAUGAGAAUAGGUCUCUUUGGUGAGGAAGCUCCAAAAACUGCCAAUAACUUCUACUCUCUUUGUGUUGGUGGAAUGAAGGACAGUGAAGGAAAGGAAAUGAGCUACAUUGGAAGUAUUUUUCAUAGAGUUAUUCCAGGUUUUAUGGCCCAAGGUGGGGACUUUACGAAUGGAAACGGAACAGGUGGAAAGAGUAUAUAUGGUACUUUUUUCGAAGAUGAGAACUUUUUGUUCAAUCACGAAGCUCAUGUAAUCUCGAUGGCCAAUAGAGGUCCAAAUACUAAUGGAUCCCAAUUCUUCAUUACCUUUAUCCCCACCCCUCAUCUCGAUGGAAAGCACGUAGUCUUCGGAAGAUUAGUUGAUGAAGAGAGUAAGCUCACGCUCACCAAGAUUGAGCAGGUUGGUUCAUACUCUGGUAGAACUUCAAAGCGUGUCGAGUUAGUUGCCUGCACUCAUCACUCAGGAACUGCUCCUUCUGCCAAACUAGAAUUGUAA